AAGAAGCCUCCAGGUAUGAGCAUCUUGGCGACCCGUGGAAGCCCUAGCGAGGUCCCAGCGCCUAAAUCUAGCCAAGUAAGCAGCUUACAAGGAGUCACAUGGGGUCUGGUUGCCGGUGAUCCUAUUAGCUCGAGGUUAAAUGGAUUUGUGAUGAGUAUAUAUGCGGCAUCUCGACACACUCUCGCUAUCCCGCUGUUGUUCUUCGUUGAGCAAGCUUUACCAAGUGACUCUUCGUCUCGCUCUUUCUCGUCAGAGAAACUCAAACCAACUUCGAUGGUGAACGCCGUGAAAGUCUUCAAGAAAACCGCCCCUAAUGGUAAGAUCACCGCCUACUUGGGUCGUCGUGACUUCGUAGAUAACACCGCCAGCACCGAACCCGUCGAUGGCGUGGUAGUGUGCGACAAUGACUACCUUCGUGGUCGCAAGGUCUUCGCGACCGUUACGGUCACGUACCGUUUCGGUCGCGAGGAAGAUGAGGUCAUGGGCCUCAACUUCAGCAAGGAGAUGCAGCUGGCCACACAGCAGAUCUACCCGGCCGCCAACCAGGCCGAGCUGACCAGCGUGCAGGACCGCCUCAUCAAGAAGCUCGGCGCUAAUGCUUACCCCUUCGCCGUGACUCUUCCUGAGACUGCUCCCGCCUCCGUCCAACUCCACAGCGGGGAUGAGGAUUCUGCCAAGCCCCUGGGAGUCAUCUACGAGCUGCGGGUGUUCGUCGGCGACAACGCCGAUGAGAAGCCUCACCGCCGCAACUCUGUUGCUCUGGCAGUGAGGAAGGUGCAGUUCUCCCCCGCCAGCGGGUCCAAGCGCCAGCCCUCCACCUUGGUGUCCAAGGGCUUCGCGCUAUCCUCCGGCAAGCUCAACAUGGAGGUAACGCUCGACAAGGAGAUCUACUACCACGGGGAGCAGGUCAAGGCCAACUUGAGCAUCAACAACGCCUCCAAGAAGACGGUGAAGAACAUCAAGUGCGCCGUGGUGCAGCACGUGGAGGUCACCAUGACCAACAGCCAGUUCACUCGUGAGGUGUCCUCUCUGGAAUCCAAGGAGGGCUGCCCCAUCACCCCUGGCAGCAACCUGGCCAAGGCCUUCACCCUCACCCCCCUCGCCUCCUCUAACAAGAACAAGAGUGGCAUUGCUCUUGACGGCACCCUGAAGGACACUGACGCCAACCUGGCCUCCUCCACCCUGGUGGCCGCUGGCAAGAACCCCAACGAUGCUCUUGGUAUCGUUGUGUCCUACUCACUCAGGGUCAAGCUGAACUGUGGUGCCCUUGGCGGAGAACUGGUGGCUGACCUGCCCUUCAAGCUCCUUCACCCCGCUCCUGGCGCUGCCGUCAAGGCUCGCCCUGACGCUGGCUACACCGGUGGUGAGGACCUGGAGUUCGAGGACUUCGCCCGUCUGCGCCGCGGCCAGAGCGUCGACCAGGCCUAAGAGGCUUUUCACGACUCACCACGAACGAGCGAACGAACGACACGGGAUUUUUACACUUCGACUUCGAACUCGACGUUGCAAUGGGAAACUGAUGCGUGUCCCUAAGCGACGACGCCGCAGUCCAUGCACCGGAUGCCCUCACGCCCUCCAAGCCCCCCGCAUGCGCGCCUGCACGACAUCCUAGGCUAUGAAGGACGGGGGCGCGGGAGGGCAAGGUCUGUGCCCAUUAGUGGAUCGGACCAAGGGCAGCCGGUGCUAAUUUCUGCUGAGUUAUUUCUCGUCUUAGUUUAUUUCUCUUCAGUUUGUUUGAUUAAGUGUCAGUUCAUGUUUACUCAUUAUCUUCUUUUCGUCUCGUUUUAGUUAUAUUACUUUUAAUUCGUUGUUUUCUUGUUGUUGUUGUUGUUGCUAUCAUUUCGCCAUGUCACCUUACUCUCAGCAUUGCUUGUCGAUGCUCAGCUCUUGUUCUACUUCGGCACUUUUCUGUGAUUCAAUUGGCUAUUAUAUUUUAUGUUAUUAAAAAAAAACAUAUAAA